AUGGAGCUGCUGAGCUCACCGAGUUAUCAUCAUAUUUCACCUAUCACAAGAUCGCGAAGUGAUGUGCGUACAUCAGCUAUGAGGAGGUCAUAUUCGUUUUCCGGAUCAGGAUCAGCACUCUCCCAUAGCUCGUCCGCAUCGCAAUUCACUCGCCCACCAUCAUAUGGAUAUGGAGGCGGUUAUAUGGCCCGAAGUCUCAGUAGAUGUGGGUCAUCAUUAUUUGGUCGUUCAUUAGCGGCAUCAGUGCUUACCAGAACGCCCCCACUUCAUAAUGUCGGAGUACAAAUGAGUACACCACAUUUUACUGACAAAUACCCUUACGUACGUUAUAGCUACGGAAAUACGGACACCUCACUAGGAAUCAAAACUCAAUCUGAGUCUGUCUACGCUAGAAGUUCUGCCAUUCGAGAUAUUGGCACGAAAAGGUGGUUGGAAGGUAAAUUGACCGCCUACAAUCCGUCCCAAUUUCAACAACGGACAGACUAUAGACCAUCGUACGAACGUCACCAUGUACCACAGAGAAAUUACAUAAGGUACAUGCCAGUUGACGACGCUGUCGAUAUGUACAAGAAAAGAUGCAUGACUGUUGGAACCUUAUCAAAGUACUGGCUAUCUCCAGCCACGUGGGCCUCUCGUAGGGAGAAGGAAAUGAAUUUGUCAACAUCGCUAAGCCUUGGAAAUUACUCCUACGCUAAUAGGUACAGCAGGUUAGUGACUCAUAUAAGCACUCACAAUCAGAGCCCUUUGGACUUUGAACCAACCACAUUUCAAGCUAUAAGUGUUAGGUGA